AUGAGGUAUUCUUCUCUGAUUGCAGAUACAAGUUCUAAGGUGUGUCCUGUGGUCAUCAGUCUACUGUUAAUCCUUGCGGCACAAGUCAAUGGCUUGAACAAGAUUCACAUUGUCCACUUGGGAGCAAAGAAACAUGAUACACCUGAGCUGGUUACUAGAUCACAUUACCAAAUUCUUGAACCAGUUCUUGGAAGCAAAGAAUCUGCCAAGAAGUCUAUAGUAUACAGUUACAAGCAUGGUUUUUCCGGGUUUGCAGCAAAACUUACCGCUUCCCAAGCGAAGAACCUAUCAGCUCAUCCCGAGGUUCUUUCUGUUAUGCCGAGUCGAGUACUGAGGUUGAAAACAACCAGGACUUUCGACUACCUGGGGCUUUUGCCUAGUACUCCAAAAGGUCUUCUACAUGAUACCCGCUUGGGUAGUGAAGCUAUUAUUGGUGUUAUAGACUCAGGGAUAUGGCCAGAGUCAGGGUCAUUCAACGACACAGGUCUAGGACCGAUCCCAAAGCGCUGGAAGGGAAAAUGUGAGUCUGGGGAUGGAUUUGACCCUAAAAAGCAUUGCAACAAGAAGGUUAUAGGGGCUAAGUUCUUUAUUGAGGGUCUUUCUGCAAUGAGGGAUGGACAAUAUGAUUUCACUGAAGAAAAUGAUUUUAGGUCCUCUAGAGAUGGCGUAGGCCAUGGAACACACGUGUCUGCAAUAGCUGCUGGUUCUUUUGUGGAGAAAGCAAGCUACCAUGGACUUGCUGGAGGAGCAGCUAGAGGCGCUGCUCCUCAUGCACGUAUAGCCGUGUACAAGGCGUGUUGGGCCAAUGUUGGAUGUAUUACACCUGAUAUCCUUAAAGCCAUCGAGCAUAGCAUACGUGAUGGGGUUGAUGUCAUAUCUAUUUCGAUUGGUACUGAUGCGCCAGCGAGUUUUGAUAUUGAUGAGAAAGAUAUUGCAUUUGGUUCAUUCCAAGCCGUGAUGCAAGGCAUCCCUGUUGUCGCCGCUGCUGGAAAUGAAGGACCUAACGCUCAAACUGUUGAUAACGUUGCUCCAUGGAUCAUAAAUGUAGCUGCUACAUCCAUGGACCGUUCUUUCCCAAUGCCCAUCACUCUUGGAAACAAUCUAACAAUCCUCGGUGAAGGUUUAAACACAUUUCAAGAAGUUGGAUUUACUGAUCUUGUAUUAUCGGAUGAAUUGAUGGAGGCCUCAAUCGCACAAGGGGCAACUAAAGGGCAAAUCGUGCUUGCUUUUACGCCAAACUUUGAAGCUAAAGAAAAGGCGGAACGUGUAAUGAAGGCCGGAUGUGCUGGCAUGAUCUAUGCGCAAUCUGUACUUGAUCCUACCGUUUGCAGUAGCUUCGAUAUUCCUUGUGCCGUGGUAGAUUACGAAUUCGGAACCGACAUUUUAUACUAUAUCCAAACCACAGAGGUGCCUAUAGCAAAGCUAAGCCCUUCAAAGACACUCAUUGGCCGGCCCAUUGCAUCUAGAGUGGCUCGUUUCUCUUGUAGAGGACCUAAUUCAGUUUCUCCAGCCAUUCUUAAGCCAGACAUAGCAGCACCGGGUGUUAGCAUUCUUUCUGCAGUAUCCGGUGGGUAUAAAUUAAUGUCAGGAACAUCAAUGGCGACUCCUGUUGUGUCCGGAAUCGUUGGGCUACUCAGACAAAUCCGCCCUAACUGGUCUCCUGCUGCAAUCCGAUCCGCUCUUGUCACAACAGCAUGGAGGACAGAUCCAUUUGGAGAGCCUCUAUUUUCAGAGGGAUCAACGCGAAAACUUGCUGACCCGUUUGACUAUGGAGGAGGCUUAAUCAACCCAGAGAAAGUAACAGACCCGGGACUUGUAUACGACAUGGGCUUCGAUGACUAUGUUCAUUACUUGUGUUCUGCGGAAUACGGCGAUUCAGAAAUUUCCAAACUAAUUGGCAAAGAUUACAAGUGCCCUUGGCCAAAGCCAUCGAUGCUUAAUUUCAACUUGCCUUCGAUCACAAUCCCAAGUCUCACUGGAGAGGUCACAGUGGCUAGAACCGUAACCAAUGUUGGACCGCCCGGUUCAGUUUACAAAGCUAUGGUUGAGAAUCCUUUUGGUAUAGAGCUUGAGGUGAAUCCGAAGACUCUUGAGUUUGGUUCCAACACUACAAAGAUUACGUAUAGUGUGAGAGUAAGAACGAAUCAUAAAGUGAACAGUGAUUUUUAUUUUGGGAGCUUGUGUUGGACCGAUGGAGUUCAUAACGUCACUAUUCCCGUUUCUGUGAGAACAAAGAUCUUGAGGAAUUAUGGUUGA